AAGAAGAAAGCUGGUUAUAGGCAUACAAGUAGGAUCUUCUACAAAUUUCUAAUCCCUUUGCAGUCAAAUACCAAAUGUAGUUUAUCGUAUUCGCAUCACCCUCAACAAAAUCAAACAGGGAGCUCCUUGCCAUAAAUGCUCCAAGACUACUUUUUCGAUUUUCUUGUUGGGACAAGCUAUAUCAGUGAAGUGAACUGCUCCAAAUUAAAUUUUGAUGUUGAAGUAAUCUAAGUCAAAAUGGUGUAAUCGUACGUAACCAUCCUCGCCACUGCUUGAGAAACUAGAAGUUUCAAAGACAGAGAUGAGUGAAAAUAGUUCAAGAUUUGUACAUUAUGUAAACAACUACAGAAUAGAAACCCUCUUGCCCACUUUGGUGGUGAUAAUGUCGAAGAUGGAAGCUUGUUGCAGCCAUGGCGUGUAAUAUCUUGUAGGUUGUAGCCAUGACAUGUAACAUCUUAUAGUCAUGACGUGUAACAUCUUGCAGUCAUGGCAUGUAGUGUGUAGCAUGUUGGAGUCAUGGCGUGUAAUCUGUUACAAUUUUAGUGUGCAACUUCUGUAACACGUGCAUUGGGAUUGAGAAAUUCCAGAUGUAGGAAGAAUCUCUAGUUUAUUAUUGCCUGACUGUGAGUGGAGUCCUCUUUCGUUUUUACUUUUUCAAGACCAUGCCGUCUAUGGCAACGUUUUCCUUUUUGUAAAAGCCUUCAUAUAAAGACUCUUUCUUAGCUGUUAUUAUAUAUAGUCUUCUUCCCCACCGGAUUCGCAUAUCAGCAAAUAGAGAGUAAAGUAGCUCCACCUUGAAAACUUUUGUUCCAAAAAGUGAUGAGGAAGUGUUUAAAUAUUGGACGCAGAGAGCAAAAGAUACCAGUUUUGCUUUUUCUUUGUUCUGGAAAAUGGAGGAGAACACAACUUCUUUGUUGGAGAGGGAAGUGGAGUACUAUGAAAACUGCCCAGGUUGUAAGAUGGAUCGUCUCAAACAAGAACAAACAGGGGUCCCUUACAAGCACUUGUCUUUUAUCUGGAUUGUCUGUCUCUGUACUGCUUUGCCAAUAUCAUCACUAUUCCCUUUUGUUUACUUUAUGAUCAGAGACUUUCAUAUUGCAAAAAGAGAGGAAGACAUUGGUUUUUAUGCAGGAUUUAUUGGAUCUUCCUUUAUGGUUGGAAGAGCUUUGACAUCUCUUUUCUGGGGAGUGGUGGCUGAUCAAUAUGGUCGUAAACAUAUAAUUUUGAUGGGGAUAUUUUCAGUGGUUGUGUUCAACACUCUCUUUGGCCUUAGCACAAGCUUCUGGAUGGCACUGUCCAUGAGAUUUCUUCUUGGGUGCUUCAAUAGUCUGAUUGGCACAGCAAGGGCAUACGCUUCUGAAGUGUGUAGAGAAGAGUAUCAGGCUUUGGCACUUUCAGUUGUUAGUACGUCAUGGGGCAUAGGACUGAUUAUUGGCCCUGCCAUUGGAGGUUUCUUUGCACAGCCUGCAGAGAAAUAUCCAAACAUAUUUGCUGAGAGCUCCAUUUUUGGGAGAUUUCCCUACUUCUUACCAUGCCUCAUAAUAUCAGUUUAUUCUAUUGGAGUUCUUAUUGCCUGUAGAUGGCUUCCUGAGACGUUACACAGACACGGUGGAAAGGGAAAUCAAAAACAUGAUCCAUAUGAUAUGUCAGAACCUUCUUUAAAUGAAUCUGGUCAGAAGAACAACAUUGUAGAACUUGAAGAGAGACAGACUCAUAAGCCAAAUCUCUUAAAAAAUUGGCCACUAAUGUCUACGAUCAUUGUAUACUGUGUUUUCUCACUUCAAGAGAUGGCUUACUCUGAAAUAUUUUCACUUUGGGCAGUUAGCGAUCAAAAAUAUGGAGGAUUGAGCUUUUCAUCUCAAGAUGUUGGUGAAGUUCUUGCUAUCUCUGGAGUUGGUCUGUUACUGUUUCAACUUUUGUUAUACCCACCAGUAGAGAAGAUCCUUGGGCCACUUAUGGUUACACGCCUUUCAGCGGCAAUAUCAAUUCCAUUGCUGUCGUGUUAUCCCUAUAUAGCUAUGCUUUCGGUGGUUGUUCUUCAUUUGGUGAUAAACUGUGCAUCCAUUUUAAGGAAUGCUCUAUCUGUUUCUCUUGUUACUGGAUUAUUCAUAUUGCAGAACAAUGCAGUGCCUCAAAGUCAGAGGGGAGCUGCUAAUGGCAUUUCCAUAACAGCAAUGUCUGUUUUCAAAGCAUUCGGUCCGGCAGGAGGAGGAGCCCUCUUUUCUUGGGCACAAAAGCGACAAGUUGCCACUUUUCUUCCAGGUGAUCAAAUGGUUUUCUUCGUGCUAAACCUGGUUCAAGUUGUUGGAUUGAUGCUGACUUUCAAGCCAUUUCUUGCUGAACCCCGUUCAUAACAAGUUAAUCACACAAACAUGACCAGUGUCAUUCUUGUACCGAACCCAGCUUCUUUCUUUUAAGUGACAUUAUCAAGUUUCAUUUGACAUAAGAGAGAACAAGAAUUUGUACUCUUUAUCUGCUGA